GGAGCCGGGGGUCCGAGACUCCAGCCGUCUCGCCGGGAGCCCCGCGGAGCCGAGAUCGGGAGACGCGUGCGCGCCUCUGGAGAAGCCGAGCCUUGUCCCCUCCGCUCCUGCCUCUCCGGCUGCGGCCGCACCUCGGCCCCGGAGCGCAGGCGUCGGCGGUUAAUCAGAGAGGCGUGGAUGUGUUUACAAGAUGUGACUUGUGUUCUUUCCACCGUUACCUUCUGAGGGCUCUUACGCCUCAUGGUGACAGGUGGAUAUCGUGACACAGAAGAGCAGUAUGAAGCCAGUGAAGAAAAACAAAGCGGAAGACCCUGAAUUGGAGCCCCUGUGCUGCUGCGAGUACAUAGAUCAGAAUGGGCAGAAGAACCACGUGGCCGCUUGUUUGUGUGAUUGCCAAGAUCUGGACGAAGGCUGUGAUAGAUGGAUUACGUGUAAAUCUGUGCAGCCAGAGACUUGUGAAAGAAUCAUGGCUACCAUCUCUGAUCGCCUCCGAGUUCCUUGGCUUAGGGGAGCAAAAAAAGUCAACGUUAGCAUCAUCCCCCCGCUCAUCCUCCUGCCCGUCCUUCUCCGUGUGGCUUCCUGGCACUUCCUCCUGGGGGUGGUGGUGUUGACUUCCCUCCCUGUGCUGGCUCUGUGGUACUACUACCUCACUCACAGAAGGAAAGAACAGACUCUGUUUUUCCUGAGCCUCGGACUGUUCUCUCUGGGCUACAUGUACUAUGUGUUCCUGCAAGAAGUGGUCCCCAAAGGGCGUGUGAGGCCCACUCAGCUGGGUCUUCUUACCUGCGGGUUAUUGCUGAUACUCUUAGCCUUGUACAGAGCCAAGAAGAAUCCAGGCUACCUCAGAAGUCCAGCAAGCAAUGACAGAUCUCUAAGCAGCAGCCAGAUGGAGUGCCUGAACACACAAGGGCAGGAGAAGACCAAAGGGUCCCCUGGGCCAGAGUCGUCGGGCGGUCUCAACAACCGCACGCCCAAGGAUGACCUUAAGGGCUCUUCCCGGAUGUUGGCAGGAAGCCCCACCAAGGUGAAGGAGGACUGGUGUGCCAAGUGCCAGCUGGUGCGGCCAGCCCGGGCGUGGCAUUGCCGGAUCUGUGGCAUCUGUGUGAGGAGAAUGGAUCAUCAUUGCGUCUGGAUAAAUAGCUGUGUCGGCGAAUCAAAUCAUCAAGCAUUUAUACUUGCUCUUUUGGUCUUCUUGCUCACCUCGGUGUACGGGAUAACGCUGACACUGGACACCAUUUGUAGAGACAGAAGUGUCUUCACAGCUCUCUUCUAUUGUCCUGGAGUUUAUGCAAAUCACAGCUCGGCUCUGUCCUUCACCUGCGUGUGGUACUCUGUGAUCAUCACCGCGGGCAUGGCCUACAUCUUCCUGAUCCAGCUGAUAAACAUCAGUUACAAUGUGACCGAGAGGGAAGUCCAGCAGGCCCUUCGCCAGAAGACGGGGCGCCGGCUCCUCUGUGGGCUCAUCGUGGACACAGGCCAGUACAAUAGGGGCUUCCUGCGGAACUGGCUCCAGUUCUCCACCCUGGGCACUCACCCGUUCCAUCACCCUGCUGAGGACAUUGUCUGAAGUGCCUUCUGCGCGGCCCUGAGGGGUAGCCCUCCCUCUGCUCCCUCCCGCUGUACACUUCGGUGUCCACGCAGGAUGUCGUUUGUAUCCCGUUUCUUAAAGGCAUUAUAGGGCCAUGCUCAGGGUUGGAGACUGGACUGGGGAGAAGUUAAUAUUUCUGAUUUCACAACUUAAGAGAUUUUUAUAUCGAAGCAGUACAAGGAGAGCCAUUCUUUUCCAGUCACCUUGUUAACUCAGUCACCUGAAGCUGGAAAGGAUGUGGAUUGCUAAUGCACACAUUGAUAGAAGCAGCUCUGUCCCUUAGUAUGGGAGGAAGGGUUUGGAUUAGGAUGGGUUCUAGUCUGUCUUUCAAUUCCUGAUAGCCAUGUGACCCUAAGUCGUGUCACUUCCCCGAGUCUCAGGUUCACCUGGAAAGUGGGGUACUGAUGCCUGCCCUGGCUGCCUCACAGAGCGGCUGUGAGGAUCACGUGAGGGGUGAGGGCUAUGGAAAGCACUGACGAACAACUAAAGCACCUGAGAGGUAUGAAGUAGUAUUAGGAAAAUCCUAAGACUGAGAAAAAUGUUUGUGAGUCAGAACAUUGAAGCCAAUAUUAUCAGAGUAAUCCGUUCUCAGCAUUUCAGAGUGAAAAACAGAUCCCCAAAUAACAUGUUGUACAGUUAGGGGAAUUUCACUCUCUGAAGUAUUAGACAUUAACUACUCAAACAGAGUAGAAGAUGACCAGAUGGAUUUCCGCUAUCAUCUAACCUUGAAAGGACAGUUGAUGACAAUUAUAAAGAUAUUUAUUGCUAGUAUAAUGUACAGUGGUCAUGAAUUUAGGUGAUGAGUUCUUUAACUUACUUCUUACAUAUUUAUUCUGUUUGGAUUUCUGUAAACUCUAGUAGGCAUUACAGUUUCCCCUCUUCCUAUGACUCACGUGGUAAGGUGCUAGCACACUGGUGACUGGCUGGAAGAGGAGAAGAGACACUCUGUGGAGUUUGACUCUCUUUCCUGGGUAGGGUGGCUGCUAAAUAUCAAGGGCUUGAUUUUUUUGUUUGUGUAAGUAAUUCAAAUGCUGUCAGGGUACUAAGUUGCAAACACCAGUCUUCUGGCAUUCACGUUAUUCUGGCAUGAACUCUUUGAGGAGAUGAUUGACAUCUUCCCACUUACCUUGCACAUUACUUCCAUUCACCUUCCCCUGGAUAAAAGUAUCUCCCUAGGAGAGAAAAAGCAGGGUACUGUGGUUUCCACUCAUUAAUGGAUUACUGUUCUUCCCUAGCUCUUCCUAAAAUAUCAAAUGGUUUCUUUAAUCAUAUCUCAAAACUGAAAAUGUAUAAAGGAUUAAAUAUUUAUGUAGAAGGGUCUAUUCUGCCAUAGAAUUAAGAUGAGGCAAUUUCAGAUGGGGAAAAUACCCUCUUGAAAUAUUUGGUUUUGUACAUGUAGUUUUUUUUUGCAAUCCCAAAGAUAAUUCACGAGUUCCUUAAAUUUGCCUUGGCUUAUAGCUUAAUAUAGGGAAAAUAUUGCCAGCUUUUUGGGACUUUCUCUGCAUGCUGCUGUAGCAAGAAUGUUGAGAGGAAAUAUUGCUACUUCCUGCAACUCUACCCUCUGCAGCUGGCACCGUCCCUAGUCCUGCUAUUAAUCGAGGCUAUCCUUGAGACGGGCACCACCUUUUUAUACAGGCUUGUCGUUGGUCUCCCCAGAGAUGGAUUGUUGAAUGAGCGAUAGGCUCUUCCACUGGGCUGAGCCAAAGAGCCAGUGUGGGGAUGUGAGCAGAGGCUGUGGUUUCUACAGGGAAGCCCUUGCCCUAGGCCAGAGUCGAGCAGUCAUUUGGAAUUAACAUUGGAUCUGAUAUAACUAACUCCUUUCUGUAUAGGUUUCAGAUAAGAGAGAGAGUAAUAAUGCCAGGGACAGCACAUGUAGCCAGAAAUCCCUAGCUGUAGUCUCUUGAAUGCUGGAUGUACAGCCAACUCUUUCUAGCAAUUGAUAAUAAAAUUCAUAGAAACAUUAGUACAGUCAGUAAUUUUAGCCUCUUGCCAAAUCUUUACAAUCAAAAUGUGAUGUGAUGAAGAUGAAUGGUACCCAGAAGACCAGAGUCAUCUGGGAGCAUUAGGAAUGAUCACCAUCUUUAUAACAACACACCCCUAAUAGGCUUACCUCGAUGUGGCAACUCCGUUUCCCUCACUUGGAUAAGGACUCUUGAUAUAUUAUUCCGGCUUACUGGAAUUGAGGGGCUUGUUUUAAGUUCCUUGAGAACUUCAUGAUUGGCAGUUUACAGAAGAAAGCUCAAACCUUUGAAAAGCUCAGGGGUUUCGUGGGGGUAAAUGCCUACUGACGUAUUUGCACCAAAAGGAGCAGCAGACAAGGGGCUCUCUGUGAGCGGUGUGUCCAUAGGCUCCGGGACGUCCUUGGCCUAGACUCCUAGACUCUUAAGCCUUUUUAUGAUCUGUAGCUGUUUGAAGGAUUUUGUCCUUUUAAAAGCCAAGGCAUCUGUGAACCAAUGAGUCCCAGAGAAACGUUUGGUGGUGGCAGCCAUGGGGAACUGCCCUGCAAACCUAUAAACUGGCAGUCUCUUGGUCAUAGGAGCAACCCCUCCCCCGCCCCCCCAACACUGUUCUAGACAAGUGGGUCGCCUUCUCUCCCCAGCAUCCUCAGCCUCUGUUAAGAAACAUACUGGAUGUGGAACUUAGUAAAUGACCUACUAUAUUCUGACCACUGACAUUACUGUCAUGCCAGUGUGUACUAUUCCUGGGGAAGAGAAAUGCUCCGUUUGACAGAUUCAAGGGAGAAAUAGUUAAGGAUCAGGAUUUCAUGAAAGGAGAAAAACCCUUCAAUAUUUAAAAUGUUUCUUAUGAUACCCCAAGAGGCCUUUGUGGUUAUAGCUGGGUCCACCCGAAACGAACUGACUAUUAAAGCGCCUCUUUGGGAGGUUUCCCUGAUGCUGCUGGCGUCAAGCCUUAAAUGUGCUUUAGGGACACUGCUCCUCUCUCACCUCGGCCGCCUGUGUGUCUGUUUAGGAUACUGUCAAUCUUGGCUCUCCAGGUAGUGUUUUCCUUUGGUGAAUGAAGUAAUUGUUGUCUUCCACUGUACCAUCUGCCUCGCAGAAACACUGCUACAAACUUUCUCUUAUGCAAUAGUCCUUGGUACUUCUAAUAUUUUUAGCAAGAGAAAAUUUUCUAUACUAGAAUCUUCCACUGCCAGAAAACACAAUGCCAGUAAGGUUCUUCAUGAUACUGACCAUCUGCUUAAUAGACUAUAUUUCCUUUGGGUAGGACAUUAGCUUUUUAUUAUAAACCUCAACUAAUAUAAGCCAAAAUGUGACAUCUGGAAGCACAGUUUUAACCAGGAUGUUUAAAAAUUGAUAUUUUGUGAGGGUAAGGGUCUCUUUAGGUAAGUAGGUUUAUAUGACUUGCCUUCAUUUUAGCCAUAUUUUGGUACCCUGCAUGUUAACAAGGAGAAUUUCCUCAAACAAGCAGUGGGUGAGAGAGCUUUGCUUGAGGCACUUGUUUGGAAUGCGGUUUUCCCCUCAGCAGCUUGACAGAUGUGCCAUUUUAUAUUCAACAUGGCAAAGGUGACGCAGGGGGCGAAGGAGAGCUCUGCUUAACUGAACGCUGAACACAAUCCAGUGUGUUCUUGUGGAUGUUUGCUGUGAUGGAUACAGACCUUUUGCAAAAUCAGCUCAACUGAAUCCUGUGGCUGGUGGACAAUGAUCCCCACUUCAGCUGGCGCUAAGUGUUGCACCGGAACGUCGGCAGCAGGUCCAAGACUCAACAGUUAACGGAGACAGAUUUGUUGGGGGUUGUGGCUGUUUCCGAGUUGGGCUUGUGACUUGUUACUGGUCUAGCCUUCCUGAUUGUGCCUCUCACUUGUAGAAAAUUCCUACUUUAAAGGCAAUGCUUUAAAACCAGAGCUAGUCUGUUCUAGUUAUUGAUGCAGCUAAAAUUCUCUGUCUUCAGAUGGAGCCACUGAGAAGAUGCCACGUUAGAACUUGCUCAGCUCGUGACCCUGUGGUCUGGGUGAUCUGAUGGUGUGAGUGUUAGGGCUUUUGAGCCUUUUCAUUUGAUUACAUUUCUGGGUCUGGUGUUAGACUAAUGGAAACCCAGGAAUAGUUAUUGAAGACUAAAUUUAAUCGAACAGGCCCAGCAACGUGAAAGGGGAUUUCUGAAGCCAACUCUGGAGGCUGUGGGCUGAACAUCUUGCACUCUUUUUAUACUUGUAUUCAUAUCCUCUUAUCACCUCAGACUCAGACACGGGCCUUUUAAAUGGAGGGUUUAAAAAAUUACUGCCACUUAUGUAAAAUAAUGUACUGUGACCAAGUUGUUUAAAUGGAAAAUAAAGUGCUUUCUUGAAGGAAAAUAGUUGGUGUUUCUUGGUGUG